AGCAAGGCUCUAUAAAUUAACUAUGGAAACUCCACAUCAGAACCACAUUGACAAGGCCGAUUUCGAUCACGUAUAUGAACCAGCCGAAGAUAGCUUUCUCCUCAUUGAUGCCAUAGAAAAAGAUUUAGAAAACCUACGGUCUAGGAAUCCUGCUUUGUGCCUUGAAGUAGGCUCGGGUAGUGGUGUCGUAGUAACUGCAUUUGGUAUGGCAUUCCCUUCAACAUUCUGUAUCAGUACAGAUAUCAACUUCAGAGCAUGCAUAAUGUCAAAAAAAACUGCUGAAUAUAACAAGGUUAUAUUUGAUUCAGUGAGGAUGGAUCUGGCGAGUUCGUUUGUUGAUAAUAUAUUUGAUAUCAUAAUAUUUAAUCCUCCGUAUGUAGUGACAGAUUCUGAAGAAUGCGGCGGAGAUGAUAUCACAGCCAGCUGGGCAGGUGGGGUCAAAGGGAGAGAAGUAACAGACAGAUUGUUAGAAAUGAUACCAAAGAAAUUGGCUAAAGAUGGUACAUUCUACCUUCUGCUGAUUGAAGAGAACAUUCCAGAUGAGGUAAUCAAUAUUAUGUCUAAUCAUGGAUUUAGAUAUAAAACUGUGGUAAGAAGGAAAGUGAGGAAUGAACAACAAAUAGUUUUAAAAUUUUAUAGAUUAAUAUAUUGAAAUAAAUAUAAGAGAAAUAUAUACUAAAUAAUGUUUUUAUGUGCAUUUUAUUGUUUGAUAUUCUUUUUUACGGCAUCUCCAAAGCUUCUAGCGCCAUCUUCAUUUUCUUGUGCUCCAGGCAAUAAUAAGCAAUCUUUAAUCCAUCUUUGAAUGUUUGGAAAACUUGAUAUAUCCCAUCCAACAGCC